GAAAAAAUCUGAAUUGUUUUCUUGUAAUUUAAAAGGCGUGAUAGCCGCUGUACACAAAUGUUUUCGGGCAAAUGUCAAAUUUGUUGUGAAUCAAUGAGAAGUUAGCACAACAAAAAUAGUUUGCUUCGCACGUACAAUUAAUUGCAUAUGAAGAAAAAGUAUUUGCAUACUAAUGUCGUUGCGUUGCUUACGAAAAAUCAAGAGGAAACAAAAUUAGUUUAAGCACCAUAUAAUAAUAUCAGACAUAAAACCAGAAAGCAUUUAACGAAAUAAAACAAUGAAAAUUUGUGCUAAAUGUGAUAUUUGCACAGAGAUUUCGGCAUGAUGUUGCUGUUGCACAAAAAAUUCAAAAAAAUAUUUUUAGCCACAAGACCAUUGCAUUGGUUAAUACUAGGUGCAGUGUGCUUAUUCACUUGUGGAGGAUAUUGGUUUUUGUGGUCUGAGGAGCAUUUGGAGACAUUACACAAUGCGAUUAAGCCUUUAGCGAAAAUAGCCGCACCUGGUGUACCUAGUGGUGGUUCAGUUCAAUAUGUCACACAGAGCACGGUCUCAUUUGGAGGUGAUGGUUUCGAUUACGAAAACCAAUUGGUUGUGCUGUAUAAUCGGGUACCAAAGACAGGUUCCACCAGUUUUGUCAACAUUGCUUACGACCUGUGUAAGCGCAACAAAUUUCAUGUACUGCACAUUAAUGUCACUGCAAAUAUGCAUGUGCUCUCAUUGCCUAAUCAGAUUUCCUUCGUACGUAAUGUAACGAAAUGGCAUGAAAUGAAACCAGCUUUGUAUCAUGGACACAUGGCAUUUUUAGAUUUCUCUAAGUUUCAAAUAUCGCAUAAACCUAUCUAUAUUAAUAUAGUUCGUAAGCCGCUCGACAGAUUAGUUUCGUAUUAUUAUUUUUUACGUUCUGGUGAUAAUUAUCGACCGAAUUUAGUACGCAAAAAAGCGGGUAAUAAAAUUACGUUUGACGAAUGCGUUGAACUUAAGCAACCGGACUGUGAUCCUAAGAAUAUGUGGCUGCAAAUACCGUUUUUUUGUGGUCACGCCGCCAAGUGCUGGGAACCUGGCAAUGCAUGGGCACUUGACCAAGCUAAACGUAAUUUGGUCAAUGAAUACUUUCUUGUUGGUGUUACAGAGCAAAUGGAAGAUUUUGUGGACUUACUGGAAAUAUCUUUACCGCGGAUAUUUCAAGGAUUUCGCGAACAUUAUCAACAUUCCAACAAAUCACAUCUGCGUCAGACAUCGUGGAAAUUAGCACCAAGUGAAGAGACUAUCGGUGCUAUAAUGGAAUCCAAAAUAUGGCAAAUGGAAAACGAGCUCUACGAAUUUGCUUUAGCGCAAUUCGAAUUCAGUAAACGAAAGUUAGUUGUUCCAGAUAAUAAACAUUUGCAGAAAUACAUGUACGAGAAAAUUCGACCAAAAUAAGAUUGCUUGGUCAUAGUACAGGGUACUUUAAACGACUAUCAGUGUAUUAUAUGUGUAUUUUAUUAUUUAUUUAAACAACUUUUUAAUGAUUUUAUUUGACUAAUGUUCUUUAUUGU